GCUCUUGCUUGCUCACGUUGAGGCUCCAACACGCAACCCCUUAAAAAUAUCCACCCGUCCGUGCGGCGGAAGUUUUUAAGCAGCCUUAUCUGACGCUUUAUCUGAGCUGGAGAUGUGCUGCAGAAAGACAGGUCAAAGGGGAGCGCGGCGCUGCUGCAGGACGAGGCAUUAGGGAUGCAUAACACAUGCCAGACCUGUCAUGUUCAAUUUACAGUUGACACAAUAUGUUAGUAUCCAGGAGAUGUGCAUUUUUUAUUUGUUUUUUGUGCACAUUAGCUGCAUGGGAAAUGGUGAGAAUCCCCUCCAAAUGAUGGAGGCCUGGCCCGUGCGUCUCAUUGCGGCUUAGAAAGAUUUUACGGCCAUUCGUCAGGUCGCGAGGCGCACAAAUCCUCUUCAGAACUAUAAACACAAUUGGCGGGUCGGAGACAGGGGACCCAUUUACCCCGCGGCUGCGCUAAACGCUGCAGAUAAAACAAACGAUAAUACUGUCUGUCUGCUGUGAGCGUCUCCACGCGCAUUAACGACAGCUUUGGUGGCAACGAAACGCGUGGAGGCCAUGCGCCAUUACGCACGGCCUUCCAUCUUAAACCGCUUUAUUACUUUUCAAAUUUACUUUAUUUUUCUAUUAUAGACAUUGUUAUUAACUGAAUAAACACCAAUUAAGUGAUAAAUAGAGCCUGUUAAGGGCUGCAAACUUGGCCUAUUUUAUUGUCCAAACUUGAAGUGUCACCACACUUAUUUUGGAUAACCUGGCCUGCAGCGUGGGUGGGUGGGUGUGUGCGUGGAUUUGUUGUCAUCUGUUAUCACGCACUGAUAAGCCAGACAGCGGCUCCAGAAUCUCUUGGAGGCAGACAGCAGAGUGUGUCACUCAGGUUUCAGGUUCUGAGCUCAGGGACCAAACCUGCUGGCUGAUCCUCCCCCCUUUUGUCUGCGCAGUUCGAAACAUCGAACACCCCUGUUAUAUCUUACUGUGCGUAAAAACACUCCAUAAGUGGUUAAACUUGAACUUAAUCAAUCAUUGUGAUUAUGAUGGGGAAUUGGAAUAAAAGGUGUCAAGAGUUAGUUUUAAAUCGAUUGUUUUAAGAGUUGGUUGAGCUUUAAUACGCAUUAAUUUAUCCAUAAAGGAAACCUGUGCUUCUCUCAUUCCAUCUUCUCUCCUCCUCUUCCUCUCUGCGUCAUAGUGAGAAAGGGAAGCCAUGAACAAAAAAAGAAAAACUUUGGAGACAGAGUUGACUUUCAAAAUGCGCUCUUCACUCAAGAUCAUUCUGGGACACCACUUGACUUUGUAAACACUUUCAGAAGUUUACUUUUUUUAUUUUCUCCUGACGGAUUUACAGACCUUUUAUUUUUGUUUUAGCUCUUUGCCAUGUUUCCCUGCCCCAACACGUCCACUCCCUUCUCUGUCAAGGAUAUAUUAAACCUGGAGCAAGACGUUAUGGUGUCUUCACACGAGGUUUCUUCUCGCAUGGACUUCUGCGCCGCGCCGACAUCCUCCUCCUCAUCUUCCUCCUCCUCCUCCUCCUCCUGCAUGCUGGCCCGUCUGAAGCAGGAGCCUCUCCGGGAAAUGUCCUCCUCCACGGUUACAUCUCUGUUCGGGGAGGAUAUCCACGAAUCCAAAGGCAGCAGAGCCCAUGCGCUCAACUUCACUUCAGCGUUUUAUGGGAAAGCUAUCAUGGAUGUGGAGCUGGACAAGAAAUCAGAGGCGUUUGAGGAUGAACGAGGAAAAGAUGAUUUCGGUGUCCGUGCUGAGCUUUUGGAGGACUCUAAACCUGAGGAUCCGGACAGACCCAAGCCCCGGAGGCGCAGGAAGCCGCGCGUCCUCUUCUCCCAGGCGCAGGUGUACGAGCUGGAACGCCGCUUCAAGCAGCAGCGGUACCUCUCCGCGCCGGAGCGGGACCACCUGGCCAGCGUGCUGAAGCUCACACCCACCCAGGUGAAGAUCUGGUUCCAGAACCGGCGCUACAAAUGCAAGCGGCAGAGGCAGGACCAGAGCCUGGAGAUGGUGUCUCUGCCGCCGCCGAGGAGGGUGUCGGUGCCGGUUCUGGUGCGGGACGGGAAGCCCUGCCUGGCCGCGGACUCCACCGCCUACAACCCUUCCUAUGGCAUGGCUCCCAUCAGCCACUUCGCCUACAACAACUACCCCGCUUUCAGCAACUACAGCAGCCCCAGCUGCAACACGAACUAUGCGUGCAGCUGCCCCGCAGCCGCAGCCGCUGCCGCUGCGCAGACGAUGCAGCCAUCCAGCAGCAGCAGCAGCAGCGGGAACUACAUGAACUUUGGGGACUUGAAUAACGUCCAGAACCCGUUUCCCUCCAGUAACGGUUCUCUUCACGGCAUUAGGACGUGGUAAAAAACACCAAAAUAAAUUCACUUUUGAAAAGACUGCAUGCAGAUUGAAACCAUAGAAAAACGUGUGAAUUCUCUUAGUUUCUCUGUAUUUAAGUAGUAUUUCGAUUACUUUUUUCAUUUGAUUUUGUCUUAAUAACCAAAUACUUAAUCUAGUUUAGUGAAAAUGUGUUUAAC